ACAGGAUGAAAACACCUCUAGCGAGACGCAUGCAUGUCUUCGCUUCCCACAUCUGUCAGCGAAACCAACCCACCAAGGUUCAUUGUCAGACAAUGCCUGCCACCAAGAGGACACUGGUCGCUUCGUGAGUCCACACAUCAGCCAACACCGACCCCUCGACACUCCCCUCUCUGAGCUCAUAUGAUUUUGCCGCCCUUCCUGGCGAUGUCCUCCACCCCACCCACGUCGUUGAUGAACGACCGCAACUCGCUCACCAGCGACGGCGGCCACCGUCGGAUCUCGCUCACCCAGUCCAGCUGAGUAUACCUGACAGACGCACACACGCACACGCACACGCACACGCACACGCAGACGAUCCAAACCCGCAGAUGGACACAGCACUUCGUCUGUAUGUCACCUCCUGCAUCCUGAUUCGAUUCUCGUGCACGCGAAUUGCCACUCCUUGAGGGCUCCCGGCAGGUCGUUUUCGCUGUAUGCGUGUGCCGCCAGCGCGACAUGCAUGUCGGUGUAGGCAGGCUGCCGCCGCACGAUCUGACGCAUCACCUUUACGGCAUCAUCUCGUCUGCCCGUCUCGUAGAGAGCCAGGGCGAAGUUGGCCCUCGCAUCCGUCGCGCGAGCAUCGUCUCGCCUGUGCGACACCAACCACAGACACACCAGGUCAGCUGUCGUUGCCAUGAGUGUGGCUGCUGCUUACAGCGAGAGAAAGAGGUCGUCCGCCGCCUUGUAGUCGACGAGGGCAUCGUCAUAGUUGCCAAGCCGUGAGAGGGCGUUGGCUCGGAAGACUAGAACAAACGGGUUGAUGCCCUCCCCCCUGCCGCCGCCCCAUAACGAGAUGGCUUUGCUGUAGUCCUUGACGGCGGCAUCCCAAUCUGCCAGGCCCUCGUACGUCAGACCCCUCUGCACAAAGGCGUCUGGGUACUCCUGCACACACAUGCCAUAGUAAGGCAAUUUGAUGGCAUGGCCAUUCUCUGUGUGUGUUGGCAUGUAUAUGCCGACCUGGUACCGCGCGAUGCCCUGGUCGUUCUCGCCAUCGGUUUUCAUGAGGUCGAUGGCCCUGUUGUAGUCCUCCAGCCCCUCGGCGAACCGCUUGCUGUCCACACGCACGUUCCCCCGCACCUUGUACAGCGUCGCCAGCUCGUCGCGGCCCCCCUUGCGGCCUCCACGGUACAGACUCUCCCACUUGUCGAUGGCGCGCGAAAAGAACCGAUCCGCCCUGUCGAAGUCCUGUGCAGACGUGAUAGGCUGUCUGUGUGGUGGAUGCGCAAGUGUGGCGUUGAUGAAGGCGUACGUACCUACCUUUGCGUCAAAGUACUUGAAGGCUUCUUGUACCGUCUGGAUGUCUUUCGAAGAGGGCUCAAGCGACGAUGCGGACCCUGGACAGACAGAUCAGUAACAUAACCCGCCAGUGAAGCUUACUACAGACAAACAAACGCACAUACCUGCCUCUGCAGUGUCCUCUGCUGCUGCAUCUGCGGUACGCUGCAACACAGUCACAAAGAGCAGGCAGGCACUGUCGUUGCGUUGGUUGCGUGGUCAUCUGUCUGUGUGCGCAUUCGGUUCGCUGCCGGUACCUCUGCAAGUGGGAAGGCAAGCAGCAGGGCGCCUGCAAAUGAUGUAAGGCGCUCUCGACGCUUUGCAGGCCUCUCCAGCAGCGCGGGAUCUAGCGCGGCACGGCUGUGCAGCCCUGAAAGAGAGUCCCGAUGCCGCUGCUCUGAUGUGGUCCGUCUUGGUGACAAAGGAAGAUUUGAGGGGAGAUGGAAGCCAGCCACUGCUGUGGCAGACAGAAGAGCAGACAGUGCACUCAUCAUCUUCGAC